AUGGGGAGAGCUGUUUUGCAGCUCACUUUCUAUGGACUGCUGAUGGCUUUGUCUGCUUCACAACCAAACAAGGGUGACUGGGACAUUUACAGCUUUCACAUCAACUCCACUGUCACUGGCCGAUAUGCCACCACCAUCAUCACAAGCCGUGUGGCCAACCGUAUGGAGGAGUCCAAAGAAAUUGAAUUCCAUGUUCAGAUUCCCAAGAAUGCCUUCAUCAGUAAAUUCAGAAUGUUUAUAGAUGGUCAGGUUUAUGAUGGAGUUGUAAAAUCGAAGGAGCAGGCUCAGCAGCAAUACACGGAGGCUGUGUCUCGUGGUGAAAGUGCAGGCAUUGUCAGCUCUGUAGGGAGGACCAUGGAGGAAUUUAAAACUUCUGUAACUGUGGCGGCUCAUGAAAAGGUCACCUUUGAGCUCACUUAUGAGGAACUACUGAAACGCACACUUGGAAAAUACGAGCUGCUGAUCCAUGCUCGACCCAUGCAGCCUGUCAAAGACUUCAAAGUUGAUGUGUAUGUUUAUGAAAAUGCUGGGAUAAGUUUCAUUGAUGUGAAAGGAGGACUGAGCACUAAAGCCCUGGCUAAUGCCAUCACCAAAACACAUGCAGCCAACAAGGCCUGGGUGUAUUUCUAUCCAACUGUUGACCAGCAGAAAAUUUGUGACAGUUGUGGAGAACAAGGUAUGAAUGGAGAUCUGGUUAUUGUUUACGAUGUUAACAGAGAUGCUGCACUGGGAGACAUCAAGACAUCAGAUGGGUAUUUUGUUCAUCACUUUGCUCCAUCAAAUCUUCCUCGAAUACCAAAAAACAUUGUUUUUAUUAUUGAUCGAAGUAGCUCAAUGGAAGGCAGAAAAAUGAAACAGACUCGAAUUGCUUUGAUUCAUAUUUUGAAUGACCUGGCUGAAGACGACUUCUUUAGUGUUUUAACUUUUGAUAGCCAAAUUUCCCACUGGAAACGCAAACUUGUUCAGGCCACCAGUGUCAAUUUGGAAGGGGCUAAGGAAUUUGCAAAGACUAUAAGGAGCAGAAGAACUACAAACAUUAAUGCAGCAGUGCUAGAUGGAGCACGCAUGCUGAAUGAACACCUCCGAGAAGGAUCAGCAUCUAUCCUGAUCCUUCUCACAGAUGGAGACCCAACUGCAGGGGUCACAAAUUUUGAGGUCAUACAGUCAAAUGUAAGACGGGCCAUUGCAGGAAAGUUCCCACUCUAUUGUCUUGGUUUUGGGUUUGAUGUCAAGUUUGAGUUCCUUGAGAAAAUGUCACUGGAGAACAAUGGUGUGGCGAGACGGAUUUAUGAAGACUCUGAUGCUGAUUUACAGCUGACGGGUUUCUAUGAAGAAGUGGCCACUCCUCUAUUGACAGAUGUGACAAUGAUCUACAUGGGAGGAACCAACCUGACCCAAACUAAUUUCAGUCAGUAUUAUAAUGGCUCUGAGAUUGUGGUGGCCGGUGAGAUCAUUGACAAUGACAUUGAAACCUUCAGUCCUCAAGUUGUGGCCAUUUCAAAUAGUAGAAAAAUGAAAUUUUCUGACAGCAGCACCCCUGUGGAGCCCUCUGCUGAAACAGUGACUGAAGGUCUCCUUCAGCGGGUUUGGGCCUACCUCACAGUUAAGCAGCUUCUGGAUAAAGAGUUGCUGUUUUCUGGACUCGAGAAAGAAAAUGUGAGGAAAGUGGUUUUGGAGCUGUCUCUGAAAUACAACUUUGUGACCCCACUCACAUCCAUGGUGGUCACCAAGCCUGAAGGGGAGAACACACAAGUCCUUCACAAACCAAAGGAGGGGGAAGCUGAAGGAUCCCGAGCUCGUGCAUCUUCUGGUCAACACUUAUUGAGUGGUUCAUCACAAAAGCAUGGAGGUGUCCAUCAACAAGCAAAUAGUGACCCUGAUCUUACUUAUCGUCUUACUCGUCCAAGUCUUCAUAAUCAUCCUGGUCCUCAUAUUGGUAAAGACCAUCCUGGUCCUCCUGGCGAUGGUUGGUAUGGGAGUGAUUUUUCCCUUCAUAGUCCUGUUCUUGAAGAUUCUGUGCCUUCCCACGGCAAUGCUUAUUUUGACAGUUUUGACGAUGAUUCUGUUCCUGUGAUGGCAACAUCUGCUCCUGUUUCCCACAGACUUUUACUGAAAGCGGAGAAUCAGUCUCAGCCGUUGUGCUUUGACGUCACAGGAGCUGCCAUUCUGAAACUUUUUCACCAUCCCAGCAGGGAGGUUUAUAUGAACGGUGAACUGGAUUCAGUAACAAAUGGAGGCUUUAAAAUGAUUGUCGUCCAUGUUGGAUGUGACCAACAUGUUGAGGUUGACACGGAGGGAGUCACUCUUCGAGAUGGACAGUCUACAACACGCCACACAGGACUGGAUCCCAUCACAGCUGGAAGUGUGACGGUGAUCAAGAGAGACAAAGAAAUAGACGUUGCUGCUGAAGACGUGCGGGUGAUCAUUUUAGUCCAUGAGAAGAACGGUGAGAAAUUCCUUUGGCCAGUUUUAAGACAGAGACCAUCUGCAAGCAACACUGAAGGAGUUUUAGCUUUAAAGACUGAAUAUGAGGUGAAACGGGGACGUCGCAAAGCAACACUGCAGAUCGGAAACCAUGUGAUUAAAGCUAGCAGCUCCUUUGCUGAUGACUACAGUAUUUCCCCUACUAUGGCAUCCCCCUGUUGGCUCGUUUCACCUGAUCAAGCUCUGCAGAGACCCCUGCAAGAUUUCUGCACUGCACAAAUUUAACAAAGGACCUUGGCUGAAAUAUUUGAAAAGGAGAAAAGCAAUAUCUACUAGGUGUUUCCAAGAUACCGAAAGAAUACAGUUACAAGUCUAACAUUUUAUGAAAGAAAUUUGCAAUCAUGCACUGUGAUUAAUCUGCUAAACCUAUCC